AACCAAAUUUUUGCAGGUCCUGAAAUUUUCGUGCGUAUAAAGUCCGGCGUUUCUCCUAGAUUUUAUAUUCUGUGUAGUGAACGAAACCCUAGCGGGCAAAUAUGAUCAUUCCAGUCCGUUGCUUUACUUGUGGAAAGGUAAUUGGAAACAAAUGGGAUACGUACCUUGAUUUGCUCCAGGCUGAUUACACAGAAGGAGAUGCUCUUGAUGCAUUGGGUUUGGUUCGCUAUUGUUGUAGAAGAAUGCUGAUGACUCAUGUUGAUCUCAUUGAGAAGCUUCUGAACUACAACACUUUGGAGAAAUCUGAGGGCAGUUGAUGCAGGUUUCUGAGUAUGAACUUUGUGUGAAGUGCUCGUCUUUCAUGUAUCACGUAUCAUUUUCUCCAAAACAUGGCGUCUAAAUUUGUAGUUUAAGUUAUCUGCAGUCAUGAGUAUAUAACUGGUGUGCUUUUCCAAAGUACCUGUUAAAUGGAAAUAUCUGCUAUUUGAUUAAUACAUCAUUAAAGCGGCUUUCCAUUUUCUUA